GUAGUCUCUGUAAAGGACAGGCUUCGGAAAAACCGGCCAGCGGUUUUUCGGACGCCUGAAAACCGGUUUUUUUUUUUUAAUUUGUGUUUUUCCGAAGAAUUGUUUUGUCGGGAAACAAGCGGUGAUUUUGUUCUAUGAUCGUCCGGCUGUUUUUUGGAAAAAAAUUGAGUGUGAUCGGAGGACGCCAUUGAAGCAGUGUGUGAGCUCUGCAAAUGCGGAAGAGACUGACGCCUCUCGCACGGAACAGUCUCGGCUACAACUUGAGAAGAGAUAAUUCGAGUUAGAAGUGACUUUUGCAGGUAUUUGUUUGUUUCUGCGGGAAAAUUGGAUUAUUAGGUUCAGUGGUAAUUAGGAAUUUUUGUUAUGCAUGGAGGGAAGGGAAGGCAUGACUUCAGGAGUUACAGUGAUAGGAGCUGAAGCUCCAUCCGACUAUGAAAUGGUGGCUAGAACUGAAAACCCUAGCCAGAUUGCUGGAUCACCAGCAGUGGAUGCAUCUCCUGUGAGUGUGGGAUUCACAGGAACAGUGGGGAAGAAGAAGAGAGGUAGACCAAGGAAGUACCAACCAGAUGGAAUGGCUUCCAUGACAUUGUCUCCAAUGCCGAUUUCAUCUUCAGCUCCACUAUCUGGCAACUUCUCAUCUGGAAAGCGGGGUAGAGGGCGGCCAGUUGGUUCCGAAAGCAAGCAAAAACAAAAAGUGGGGUCGGAGAAUUCAGGCAACUGGUCUGCUAUCUCUGAUGGUGUAAAUUUCACGCCUCAUAUCAUCACUGUUAAUGCUGGCGAGGAUGUUACCAUGAAGCUGAUAUCAUUUUCUCAACAAGGACCUCGGGCUGUUUGUAUCCUAUCGGCUAAUGGAGUGAUUUCAAAUGUUACACUUCGUCAGCAAGAUUCUUCUGGGGGUACUUUGACUUAUGAGGGUCGCUUUGAAAUACUUUCUUUGACUGGAUCAUUUGUCCCUACUGAAAGCGGAGGAACAAGGAAUCGAGCUGGUGGGAUGAGUGUCUCUUUGGCAAGUCCAGAUGGUCGGGUUGUUGGGGGAGGAGUUGCUGGACUUCUGAUAGCUGCUAGUCCUGUUCUAGUUGUGGUUGGGAGUUUUCUACCGGACAAUGCACCGGUACAGAAGCCAAAGAAGAUGAAAUCUGUUCCUGCACAAACUGCCACUCCAGUUUCUGUGCAAACCACCACCCCACCAGUCGUUACUAGUACAGCAAAAGAGGAGGGUGUUGCUGGACAAGGGCAGCCCAGUUCUAGUGCCCUAAAGCCAAACAUUGCUUCUCCCUCUUCCAUCCAAAGAGAAAAUUGGGCCGGUAUGCAGUCCAUGCAGGAUUCGAGAAAGUCAGGAACAGAUAUCAACAUAUCUUUGCCUGGAGGUUAAUUUGGUAGGUCUCACCAACGGCUCAAUUUCUCACUGACUACUCCGAAUCCUGAUCUGGAUGUUCGAGAAACUAUGAGUUUUGCCCCUCUUUAUCUGAAUUGUCUGUAAUCUUAUCGACUACUUCCAUAGGAUGAAAUAGGGUUGCGUCUCAUUCUCCAUAAGCUUUGUUCUCAGGCAGCAAAUCUGACAGUAGGCUAAUUAUGUAGGUUUCUGCAGCUGUAGGAUCUUUGGUUGUAAAAGCACCUGGUUUGUUUGUCUAUUUGCUCUUUUUUUUUUUUUGACUGAAUUUCCCUGUGGCAAUCUUCAGACCUUUGAAAGACUACUGAUCCAUGCUAGCUUUCAUCCAGCACAAAAAAUUUAUGAAUUCUUGAAUGUUUUAAAGCUAAAUCAUUUCCAUA